CUUGAGGAGAUGGUUUUGGCUUUGUGCAUCUCCAGAGUCCUCAGAGAUCAAGAUGUUGAGGGGAUUAAGAAAGCCAAAAUUUUUCACCAAAUGCAAAUCUGAUAUAAAGAUCACGAAGUUGAGGUUUGAAACGAUAAAGAAGAAGAGGAGCGCGGUGCAGAAGUAUUUGAAGAAUGAUAUUGCUGAUCUUCUGAGGAGUGGCCUCGGCAUCAAUGCCUAUGGCAGGGCUGAGGGGCUACUGGUUGAGCAAAAUAUGUCUGCCUGCUAUGAAUUAACUGAGAACUUUAUUGGAUGUAUCUCAAAUAAUCUCUCUCUCAUGCAAAACCAGAGCGAAUGUCCUGAGGAAUGCAGGGAAGCUGUUCCAUCUUUGAUGUACGCUGCAGCACGAUUUGCUGAUUUGCCAGAACUGCGUGACCUCAGAAAUAUGUUUACUGAAAGAUAUGGAAAUUCCCUUGAACCUUUUGUGAAUAAAGAGCUUGUGGAGAGGUUGAAGGCAAAGCCUCCUACAAAGGAGAUGAAGAUUCAGUUAUUGCAUGACGUAGCACAAGAGUUAUCAAUUGAAUGGGACUCAAAGGCUUUGGAACAGAAACUGUAUACUCCAUCUCCACUUGACCAAGGACAGCGCAGAUAUGGGUCUCCAGGUGACAAUGAUGAUGAUAUGCAGAAAUCACAUCAAAGUAGGGAUAAUUCUUUUCCAAAGAGAAAAAACCAGGAUGCUGGGGACGUAUUGAGCCACAGAACAAAGUAUACUGCAUCAGUAGGAAGUGAAGAUGAAACAACGACAGAUGUAUCCCAAGACGCACCAAAGUAUUGUUCGAGUUCAGUAGGAAGUACAUCAGGGGAUGAAGCGGAUAACAAGAUGCCCUUCUACUCCAAAUUUGCUCCACCGCCUUACUACAAACCAAAACCUGAAAGAAAGGAAAGCAGCUUUGAGGAACCCACAAAGUUAAACAGCCAUGUUGAAACAGAUCACCAUAAUGAUGUUUCAGUUGGCGAAGAUGAUCCAAAACCAAGAUCAGUUAGGAGGAAAAACUUGAAACCACCACCCGGUCGUGAGAAUCUUGACAGGAAUGAUCCAAGGGAUGAAGAAGAGAGGGUACUGGAUGGGCUUUUGAUGCAUUACAGUAAGAAACAGGCACCCUAUGAAUCGAGACAGAUGAAGGGCAAUCUAAGUCAAGUAGACAAUGAUGCUGGUGAAUCUGUGAACAGAAGCAGAAGAUCUCAGCGAGAUGCUCCAUCAGCCAGAGCAUCAUCUCUUCCACCAGAGCCAACAUCUCCAAUUGAGGCACCGAAAAGGCACGACAGAAUCAAUUCCUUGCAACCAGAUGCACAUGUGCACCCGAAACUACCGGAGUAUGAUGAACUGGCAGCUCGAAUUGCAGCGCUUAGAGGAAUAUAAAAGAAGACAGCAGCAUUAGAAGUGUAUGUUUGUAAAAAAAAAAAAUUACGUGGUGCAUGUCCAUUAUCAUAUUCUCUACCUUCUAUAGGAAAGAUUAUUAGUUUGUUCCAGUUUGAUAUCUCUAUCAAUAUUCAUUCAUUAGUUUACUAAUCAUAUUUCAUUGUAAAAAUCAAAAAGUUUCAUGGCUGAACUUCAGGGUUCAGAAUCCAACAUAUUUUAGAUAGAAA